AUGGCAGAAACAGCAACCAUGAAAACGGCAAAAUUGCCUACUCCAAAGAUCCAUCAUAUUGCCGAACGUAGAUAUUGGAGUGCGACAAAUGCUUUACCCGAUUAUGAAAAGUUUAUCAAUACUAAUACUCCACUUGUUAUUGAUAACGGAUCAUACCAAUGCCGUGUUGGAUGGGCAACCGAUACUACUCCCAGAUUACAAUUUGACAAUCUAAUGUCGAAAUAUCGUGAUCGUAAGUUAUCGCAAACCGUGUUGUUAGUCGGGAACGAUAUCUAUACCGAUGCAACGGCGAAAACGAAUGCAAAAUCGGCCUUUGAUGGAAAUGUUGUCAUCAAUUUCGAAACAAUGGAAAAUAUUCUGGAUUAUAUUUUCGUCAAACUGGGAAUCAACACGGAGAGAGUUGAUCAUCCAAUAUUGAUGACCGAAGCGGUUUGUAAUCCGUUACAAUCACGAAAAUCAAUGUCGGAAUUGCUAUUUGAAUGCUAUCGUGUCCCGUCUAUAUGCUAUGGAAUCGACGCGUUAUUUGGUUACCACGCGAAUGGUCUUUCAUUUGAUAAAGGCGGAAUUGUUGUUUCGUCAGGCCAUUCCACAACCCAUGUGAUUCCUAUAUAUCAUAAUUACGGAGUAUUGGGACAAGCGAAAAGGAUAUCUUAUGGAGGAUAUACGUCAACAGAUUUCAUGCUGAAAUUAAUGCAACUCAAAUAUCCUACAUUCCCGACUAAAAUGAGUGUGAAUCAAGCUCAACACCUAUUACACAAUUACACGUAUGUGGCAGAAGAUUACUUUGAAGAACUAAAGAAACACGAGAGCCCGAUAACUUUUGCAUCUCGAGAUCGUGUCAUUCAGUUUCCUUACAUACCACCUGCCGUAACGGAAAAAACCGAGGAAGAAAUCGCACGCGCUGAAGAAAGAAAAGCUGAGCAAGCAAGACGAUUAAAAGAGCAAGCUGAAAAAUCACGGAUGACUAAGUUGCGAGACCACGAGGAGAAAUAUGCAUUGUUUACUACAUUAAAAGAGAGUAAAACGAAAAUUCGGAAAGCUGAUUUCAUAGCGCGAUUGCGAGAAAAUACAAUAAGGGACGAAGCCGAAUUGGAUGAACUUAUUAAAAAGAGCGAGAAAGUAAUCCAGCGAGCUCGAAAUAAACUAUUAGGAAUUGAUGAGAUUGAAACUAAGGAGGAACCGACGUUUCCUCUGGUAGACAUUCCGGAUGGCCAACUAGACGAAACUGAGCGGAAAGAAAAAAAGAAACAAUUGGCGUCCAAAAGCUUGCAUGAGUCACGACAACGAGCACGCGAAGCAAAAGAAUUGGCUAAAAAGCAACAGGAAGAGGAAGAACGCAUAGAAGAAGAAAAACGAAAAACGGAUUUCAGUGGAUGGCUACAAGACUUGAAGAAAAAUUACAAGGAUCAACUCGACAAAGUCAAACAGCUGAAACGAAGAAAAGAGCAACUUUCAGAUAGGAGAAGUCAUGCAUCGCAGUUGAGAAUGAAAUCAAUUGCUACUUUAGCGAGUGAUGCGCCACCGCCUAAAAGGCGUAGAAGGGGGCAAGAUGAGGAUACUUUCGGAGCUGACGAUAAUGAUUGGGAGAUAUACAAAGAAAUAAGCAAAGACGAUGACGGAUGGGAAGAAGAAGAGGAACUAUCGCAGCUUCGCGAACUCGAAAAAAGGUUACUUCAAUACGACACCACAUUCCUAACCGAGGACACAUUUGACGCACAAAACUCCGUACAGAAAUCUCUGAUGUUUAUGUUCACGCACGGUGUCGCGCCACCAUACGAUCCUGAGGACGUUUCGCAGAUGCAUCAAUUGCAUGUAAAUGUGGAACGGACUCGUGUGCCCGAGGCGUUGUUUCAGCCUAGCAUUGUCGGAUUGGAUCAGGCUGGUGUGGUAGAAACCGUGGGUGAUAUUGUGAAGAGGUUCGAUGAACGAGAUAGGAAUAAUUUAGUGCAGUCUGUAUUUUUAACAGGUAGUCACACAAAAACUCCGGGACUAACAGAACGCUUUGAAAAAGACCUUCGAGCAAUCUUACCCGCUUCGGCACCUCUGAAAAUAAUCAAAGCAAAAGACCCAGUACUUGACGCGUGGCACGGCGCUGCACUAUGGGCAAGAUCUGAUGAGUUUUUGCAGUAUGUAGUCACAGAACAAGAGUAUCAAGAGAUGGGAGGAGAGUAUAUUAAAGAGCACAGAUUUGGAAAUGCCGACGCACCCGCUACAACAAUCCGUACCCGAAAAUUCCUCACGAACCGUCUUCUACAACGAAAACAAUUCAUUGUCGACAUUCUCCACCCGAACCGUGCAAACGUGUCAAAAGAUGAACUCCGCGAGAAACUAGCGAAAAUGUACAAGGUUGACAAAGAGGUCAUUUUUGUGUUUGGCUUCCGUACGGCGUUCGGUGGUGGUCGGUCGACGGGGUUCGGGCUCAUUUAUGAUUCUCUGGACUCGGCAAAGAAAUUUGAACCAAAGUACAGGCUUGUGCGGCAUAAACUCCAAGAAAGCCAAAAGACUGCGCGUAAACAGCGCAAAGAACGAAAGAAUCGUGCCAAAAAAUUACGUGUAUGUGCAUCAGAAAAAAAAUCUUGGGAGAUUGUGGUAGUAGUGGUGCUGGGCGAAGGAGAGGAAUUUAGUAUGUUAUUUAGUGAACAUGGCGAUGAUUAUGUUGAUAUGAAGAGUGUUAAAGUUUGA